AUGUUCUUAAAAGCGAAAGAAGCUAAUAGAUGGCCAGACAAUAGAAGAGUAGCAAUUGCAACAGAAAUGUUAAGGAAAGAAGCAGCUGACUGGUAUAAUCUAAAGUUAGCAAAUAGAGUAGAUGCAAGAGGAAUUCUAAACGCCUUUAAAAUGUCACUAUUACUCAAGCUAAACUGUUGA